AUAACAAUUUUGGGCUUGAGCUUUGAGAGAAAAUAAUUACGGAAAGACCCGAGUAAAAACUAAAAGAAUGCGAAGGGCGUUUUCGGGAGCCUUGGCUAUGCGUGGUAUUGUUCUGAGACCUGGGACCAGUGCCUGGACAAGACAAUUAUAUUCGACGCCUGUCAAACAAAUCAACUGUCAACGUAGGUUUUUGUCUUCAAAUGGCUGGAAGUUAAAAUGGAGCUAUGUGUGUGGUGUUUCCGACACACCCUUAUUAGGGACCACCCUAGGGUCUCUUCUGAAACAGCGGGCAGAGCAAAUCCCGGACCGAGAAGCUAUGGUAUUCACAGGACCAAGAGUCAGAAAAACAUUUUCAACACUUUAUGAAGAGGCUAAUAGACUGGCAGCAGGACUACUUGCGCUUGGGCUGAAACCAAAGGACAAGGUUGCCAUCUGGGGACCCAACUCGGCAGAGUGGCUUCUUACCAUGUAUGCUGCGGCCAUGGCUGGGAUCGUGCUGGUAACCGUCAAUCCUUAUGUCAAAGCAAGAGAACUUAAAUUCCAACUGGAAAAGGUACGUUGCAAGGCUUUGAUUGCAAGCGACAAAUUUGGCGAUCUCGAUUAUCAUGAGACUCUGCUCCAGGUUAUACCGGAUUUGUCAGCCGAGACUCCUGGAAAACUCACAAGUGACAGGUUACCUGAUCUGAAGACCAUCGUGCUCAUGGGAUCAGAAAAGAAAAAUGGAACCUUUAGAUUCGAUGACGUCAUGGACUUCGGUGGUUCCAACGAAAAAUGCACCAUACAAAGUCUUCAGGACAAAAUCCAGUUUGACGAUGUAUUGAAUAUAAUCUACACUUCGGGCACAACAGGUUCUCCUAAAGCGGCCACGGUCAGCCAUCACGCCGCCAUAAACAACUCUUACUUAGCAGGACUCAGAAUGGACUACCAUAAACACCGAACGCGUCUGUGUACCCCGGUACCGCUGGAUCAUAUAUUCGCGCUGUCUUUAGCUGCAGUGAUGAUGGUGACCCACGGUGCCACGUCUGUAUUUCCACCUGCGCCCUUCAACGCCGAGGCAACCUUACGAGCAGUGCAAGACGAAAAAUGCACCUCACUGUACGGCGUGCCGUCUAUGUUUAUUGACAUGGUGAACCACCGCGACUGUAAGAAGUUCGACCUGUCCACGUUAUACACUGGCAUUGUUGGAGGGUCGACCAUACCCGAGGAGAUUUUAAGAAGGGUUGUCAAAGACUUGAAUCUGAAACAUAUAACUACAGCUUACGGAGCCACCGAGACUGCGCCAAUUUCAUUCCAGUCGAUGAUUGGUGAUUCCGUCGAGCAAAGGGCGACAACUGUGGGAAUUGUUCACGAUCACUGUGAGGCAAAGCUGGUUGACGAGAGUGGAAGCGUGGUGCGUGUUGGUGAGACGGGGGAGAUCUGUGUACGAGGAUACUGUGUGACGCACGGGUACUGGGGGGAUGACGACAAGACGGGAGAAGUCAUCACAAAAGACAGAUGGUAUCACAGUGGGGAUGUUGGGAUUUUAAGAGCAGACGGCUACCUUCAAAUUGUCGGACGUAUGACGGACUUAAUCAUCCGAGGUGGGGAGAACAUUUAUCCCAAGGAAGUGGAAGAAUUCAUCUUCUUGCACCCUAAGGUUAAAGCAGUUCAGGUUGUUGGUGUUCCGCACUACAGACUGGGAGAACAAGUGUGUGCAUUUAUUAUUUUGAAAGAUUCAGUCAGCGCAAGUGAAGCAGAAAUUCAGGACUACUGUCGAAAACACAUUGCUAAAUUCAAGGUACCAAGCAUCGUCAAAUUUGUGGAUUCUUUUCCUCUUAAUCCCGUCGGAAAACCUGUCAAGUACAAGAUGCGAGAAUUGGCUAUUGAAAUGCUCAAACUUUAGAAGACAUUUUAAGCUGUAAUGAUGAACAUAUCAAUAAUAGCCGUGGUAUAUGCUAUCUAGUCUGUAAAAAAAGUGUCUUACACGCGUGUAACUGCAUACAUUUACAAUGCUUAAACACCUGUUUAUGUCUUACACGCGUGUAACUGCAUACAUUUACAAUG